CAAGCGACACGAGUCUCACGCUUCUUUACCCCACUCCGCUCCGCUCCGCUGCAGUCCACACGCGUCCCGGCCGCGUCCGGCUCCACAUCAUCUCAUCUCGCACCCGCGCAGGCGCGCCCGGCGAGCCGUCCGAUCGAGCUCGGGCGGCCGGGAUCCCGCUCCUUGCCACAUGGUCCGCGGCCAUGCCGCCCCUCUCCUCCUCGUCGUCGCCGGCGGCGCCGGCGGCGAUCCGCCGCGCCUCCCCGUCGUGCCGCCCCGUCACUCGUAUGCUGUUCAGGCAGAAGCUGAGCUUCCUGGUGGCUUUUCAGGCUCAACAUGCGAAAUGUGCUCCUCAUUUGAUCAAACCGGUUGCAAAAGAAAUUAGGGCAAAUAUCACUGAUGGUGACAAUGGGGCAACUGAGCCAGCUAGGGAAUUAUUGGAGCGGCUGUUUGCGAAGACGCAAAGUCUAGAUACCAGUGCUUCUCAGGAUAGUGAGCUGAGCAUGAGCAUUGAUGUCCUCAAGUCUGAAUUUGAGGCUGCCUUGUCAACCCUGAGGAAGAAAGAGAGGGACCUUCAAGAUGCGGAGAGUAGGGUUUUUGAUGAUCAGGUACGGCUGAACCGUGCGAAGAAGGACCUUGAUCAGAGGGAGAGGGAGAUCAAUAAAGCAUAUGCAAGGCAACAGGAGAUGGAGAAAUCACUGGCGAAGGCAAGUAGUGAUCUGAUUUUACAAGUGAGGCAGAUCAAUAACCUAAAGCUUCUAGUAGAUGAGCAAGACAAGAAAAUUGCCAGUUCUCAAGAAUUGCUUUCUCAGAAGGUAAUUGAAGUGGACAAGCUCAAGGAAAAUAUGUUGAAGAAGAACAAAGAAGCAGCCUUGAUGCGUUUGGAGAUCAAGUCCAAGGAACAGCUGCUUCUUGAAGCUAACCAGGCUGCUGCGCAGCAAGAAACAACGAUUAAGGAGCUUCGUAAUGAAAUCAAAAGAAAAGAAGUUGAUUUUGCCAGAUCGAAUGGAUUGAGAAAAGCUAAUGAACAGAAACUGAAAAUUGCUGAACAAGAACUUGAGAAGCAGAAUUUAGGAUGGUUAGCAGCACAGAAAGAGUUGAAGGAAGUGGCACAACUAGCAUGCAAGGAUAUGUACAAUAUCAAGGGUACUAUCAGUGAUUUCAGACGCGUGAGAUCUCUGCUGGAUGCUGUACGCUCUGAACUAAUUGCUUCAAAAGAGGCUUUUUCCUCCUCUCGUAAACAGAUAGAAGAUCAAGCAGCGCAGAUGCAGAAGCAAGCCCAAGAACUCACCGACCAAAGGCUAUUGCUGCUGUCUUAUAACAAGAACUUGGAAGCUACUCAGUUGGAGAUUCAAAGCAAGGCAACACAACUCAAUGCUGCACAGUCUCGCUGUCAUGAACUUGAAUCACUCUUACUUCAGGAAAAUGAGAAGGUUGAGUCUCUGGAAGCCAUGUUGACAAAAGAAAGAGACAGCUUAGAAGAGAAAACUGAAGAAGUUGAGUUGCUUCAAAAGGAGCUCGUUCAGAAGGAAAAUGAGCACAGAAAUUCGUUAAAGCUUGUUGAAAUAAAAGAAGCUGAGUUGUUAGAAGCCCGAAAUGAAGUCCAAAGUAUGAAAUCAAAGGUGGAAUCUAUUCAAAUAGCUGUUCAGGAGAAGGAUUCAGAGCUUUCUGAGACGCAACGCAGACUAGCUGAAGUGAACAGUGAAGUUGUCGAGCUUCAGCAGCUGCUAAAUAACAAAGAGGAUCAACUUGUUCAGGUUAGAACCGAAUUACAGGAUAAAGAACAACACAUACAGACACUGCAGAAUGAACUGGAUAGCAUGAGAUUCAGUUGCUCACAAGCUGAAUCUGUGGUGCAAAAGAUAGCUGAGCUCACUGGCAAUCUUGUUGGUUCAUUAGAAAGCGAAGACAUGGACAUUUAUGCAUUGCUGGAUGAUGAAAUUUCAAGCACAGGUACGGCCCUCAAGUCCAAUUUGCAUAAGCAUAAUCAACUAGAGGCUGACAUAGAGAUGUUGAAAGAAUCCUUGCACCAGAAGGACAUGAACUUAAGAUCUGAGCAUAAAGCGCUCAAUGUGAAAGAUCAAGAGCUGAAAGCAGUAAUGAGAAGGCGGAAUGUGAUGGACAAGGAACUAGAUAAGUUGGAAGAGUUGCCGAAAGAUCCCAGUGACAUCAAGAGACCCUCUGAUCUUUCCAAUGAGGCAAUGCGAGAGGGCAUUGCGGGAGAGAAGCUUAAAACUGAAGCUGCAGGGGUGGAGGCAGAGGCACUUGCUGCGACUGCUACUGCUACGUUGAAGAAACUUGCAGACGUGGCUAAGGGAUUCCUGAGAAGUGGCAAAACUGAUUCUGGUAUGGGUUUGGUUGCAUCUCCAAGUGUAAACAGAAAUAAAGGUUAUUCCAAGAUUGAAGCAAACAAGGAAAUGGGUGUGAUUCUUGAUGCUGAAAAAGAAAUUGCCGGGCUCUUUUCAUUGACAGAACAGCUCAUUACCGAGGCUGGAAUAGACUGUGUUCACCAAGCGUAGCUUCAGAACCAGAAUAGGCAACCAAUUGCAGUUUUGCAACAUCUAGAUAGUAAACUGUAAAAGUUUAACUGAUUGAAGCUUUCAUUUCUUCGUUGGGUGAUUGGGUCUCGUCCUCCUGUUUGCUGUUGGGUACUUGGGUUCCUCUGCACCUGGGGACGAAAGGGAGACACCGAGACAUCAAUGUUGAUAUAUACCAGUUGUUUACAUGAUAUACUGCAGCUGCUGAAAUCCUGAAAAAUGUCUGUCACUCUGUUGUACUAGACAAUCAAGUUCCUGGACAAAGAUUUGGAACAGGAGAAAAGGCUCAAUUUCUGGGAGAAGAUUUGCAACCUGCUCUAGAAGGCAAUAAAGAUCUGCAACCUGCUGUAGACAAGUGGGGCAGUUGCCCAAUUUUGAUGCAAUGGAAAGCUUUAUACAGGGUUGUAAAUGUUAGUUAUACUGAAAAUUAUGGUGAGCUAUGUAGUAACUUGUAAGGAUGUUUUGGUGCAACCUUUUUGAAGGAUCAUUUUCUGAAA